ACAGGUACCCGGAAUUUCCCACAUGCCCGCCCAACUCCAGGUCACCCGCCGCAAAUGCAGGCUCGGGCCAUACCAAAAUUUGAGCUUUCCUGUUAGCCGAGAUCGAGUCCCUCAUUCCUCACCAAACCGCUCAACCGCCGUCUAUCUCGUCUUCACUCUCCCCUCCACGCACCAGCAUGGCGUCCAGGAGACUUGCGUUGAACCUCGCCCAGGGCGUGCGCAGCCGCGCUGCCAAUUCUGCCCUUCGCCCGCUGAGGAGAGGGUUCGCAUCGCCUGUCCCGUCUCCCGUCGGCCCCAAGACCCAGACCACCACCCUCAAGAACGGCCUGACGGUCGCGACUGAAUACUCGCCUUGGGCGCAGACUUCGACGGUGGGUGUAUGGAUCGACGCUGGCUCGAGGGCCGAGACCGACGAGACCAAUGGGACGGCGCAUUUCCUAGAGCACCUCGCCUUCAAGGGCACUCAAAAGCGAACGCAGCAGCAAUUAGAGCUCGAGAUCGAAAACAUGGGUGCCCACCUCAACGCCUAUACUUCGCGUGAAAACACCGUCUACUUCUCCAGAGCAUUCAAUUCCGACGUCCCCCACUGCGUCGACAUCCUCGCCGAUAUUCUCCAAAACUCCAGGCUCGAGCCCUACGCCAUCGAGAGGGAACGCGAUGUCAUCCUCCGCGAGUCUGAGGAGGUUGAGAAGCAGCUCGAUGAGGUAGUCUUCGACCACCUUCACGCCACCGCUUACGCCCACCAACCCUUGGGCCGUACCAUUCUAGGGCCAAAGGAGAACAUCCGCGACAUCACCCGAACCGAGCUGACCAACUACAUCAAGACCAACUACGCAACCGACCGUAUGGUUCUCGUCGGCGCCGGUGGCAUUCCUCACGAGAAGCUCGUCGAGCUGGCCGAGAAGAACUUCUCAAGCCUCCCCACGACGUCGCCUCACAACGAAGCCUAUAUCCUGUCUAAGAGGAAGCCCAACUUCAUCGGGUCAGAGGUUCGAAUCCGGGACGACGCGAUCCCCUCGGCCCAUAUCGCUCUCGCUGUAGAGGGUGUAAGCUGGAGCGACGAUGACUACUUCACCGCCCUGGUCACCCAGGCCGUCGUCGGCAACUAUGACAAGGCGCUGGGUAGCGCACCUCACCAGGGCAGUAAGCUAAGCACCUUUGUCCACCACAACGACCUAGCCAACAGCUUCAUGAGCUUCUCCACCAGCUACAGCGAUACGGGUUUGUGGGGCAUCUACCUAGUCAGCGAUCAGCUCACCCGUCUUGAUGACUUGAUUCACUUUACUCUCCGGGAAUGGUCCCGGUUGUCCACCAGCGUCACUGAGGCCGAAGUCGAGCGCGCCAAGGCGCAACUCAAGGCCUCGAUCCUCCUCUCCCUCGACAGCACGGCUGCCGUCGCCGAAGACAUCGGCCGGCAACUCGUCACGACGGGCCGCCGCAUGGACCCCGGCGAGAUCGAGCGGGUCAUCGACCGCAUCACGGAGAAGGAGGUGAUGGACUUUGCCAAGCGGAAACUGUGGGACCAAGACGUCGCCAUCUCGGCCGUCGGCAGCGUCGAGGGCAUGCUCGACUACCAGCGAAUCAGGAACGACAUGAGCCGAAAUUUCUAGAAAGGAGAGAGCCAACAUCAGCACAGCCUCCGCGACAGAUGGGAGUGGGGGGUGGGGGAUCGAGUGAGGAGCGGCACCGAAGCGAGGGAAAGGGAAGUGGAGGGGAAAAACCUGGUCAUAGAGUGUAUCACACAUACCACACACUUCUUUGUAUCAUAGACGAUUCCCUAAUCCGCUAGAUUCCCUCUAUUGACCGAGGAGGGUGCAUCCCGGAACAUGCUAGUUACGUCCCAAUUAUUACUUUUUUUUUUUUUGCUCUUCCGCGGUUUAUGUUUCCCUGUGCUCAGCGGGACGAUAGUGAAUAGCUGUUCACUCCGUGAC